ACUGAACCAGCAGCCCUUGUCUUUUGUCAUCAGACACGAGUCGAGCCGCUAGCUGCAAGCCUUCACGGCUUCACCCAUCCAGGCGCAUAUAUCCUUUGCCUGGCUUGCACUCUGGAAAGCAUCAUGCACCUGCAAGCCUUUUGACUCUGCUCUUUAACUCUGCAUGAGUUCCUUUUGUUUCUAAGUACUUUCUAUGCCCAUCAUUUAGCCUAACAGCUCGUGUACAUCAAAGAUAAUUAGCCUGCCGAUUUGUUGGAUUAAUCUGUGUGCUAUGGUAAGAGGAAUCCGCAAUUCCUUGCUGCUAAUUCAGGAGCAUCUCCCUUUACAGCCAUCAGUUCUCAUCUCAGCUGCCGAUUCAUAUAUUCUGCUGGAGCUUGCAGCUCAAGUUUGGCACAUCUCUUUGCCGUGCUGGGCCUCCAGCUCCAGGCUCCGGGCUCCAGCUUACAUAAGCCGCCCGGUCCACGAGAGCUCGCGGGAAUCCACCUGCGAAAGCGAGCACACGCAACGCAAGCAAGCGCGUCAGUGCCAGGUGAUUCCGUUGAUCGAGCUAGCUCGGCGGAGGCGCGAAGGCGGCGAUGGGGGGAAGAGGAGGAGCUGCGGUGGCGGUGUGGGCGGUGGCGUGGCUGGUGGCGUGCGCGGGCGUCGUCGUCGUCGGGGACGACCAGCAGGGCGCGCCGGCGGCUGAAGGCCCGCCGGACACGAACCAGCUGUGCGUGAGCAAGUGCGGGACGUGCCCGACGGUGUGCACGUCGGCGCCGCCGACGAUCCUGCCGAUGACGGCGCCGCCCCCGCCGCCGUACCUGCAGCUGGUGCUGCCGCCGCCGCCGCCGGCGCCGGGGGACGCGUCCAACUUGCUGCCUCCGCUCACGCCGCUGACGUCCCCGCCGGCGCCGGAGUCCCCGUGCUCGACGCCGCCUAGUUCGGAGCCCCCUCCGUCCUCGUCGCCGUCGGAGCCUCCCCCGUCACCGCCGCCCCCACCGCCACCCAAGAGCGGCGGCGACGGUAGCAGCGGAUCGCACUUCUCGUCGCCGCCGUCCCCGCCGUCGGCGUCCAACCCGUACUACUACCUGUACCUCUCCGGCGGCGCCACGGCCCGCGGCGGCGCGUCGAGCGCUUGCACGGCGCUCGUCCUCGCCGCACUCCUGCCCCUCGUCGCCUUCUUCAAGUGACUGCAGGCACUAGCUCUGCUAUUAGCGUUCUGAGCUGUUCAGGCCAGCGUUACGAGCGCUGCUUUUUCCUCCUCGUUUUGGCAUCCGAUUCGAUGAUGAUCUCUGGACUUUUGCAGUGUCAGAUGCUUGCAUGCAGAUAGUAGUAGUAGCUGUGCUUACAAUUUGUUGAUCAUAUAUAUUGUUAUUAACGUUGCUGUACGUACCUUAAUUAAUUUGUAAAGUGAACUCUAAUGAUGGUCCGGUGUGUUUUCCCUUUGCU